AUUUAUUAUAUAGAUCUACAAAUCCCAUACAAAAUUUAAUCAUGGACAAUAAUCCUUCACAAAAUAAUCAUUUUACCGAAUCCAUUAAUUUACAACAAUCAACCGCUGCUGUUAUUCAGCCGGGUCAUGAGAAUUCUUCAAAUAUGAAUCACAAUGUCGUCAAUGCUGACCUUUCUGUCCUAGCGAAUAGUUCAACUAUGCAAUCCUAUCCACCUCAAAUCACUUCGUCAUAUACGCUGCAGUAUGUUCAUCUGUCGCAGCCUAUUUCUUCACCCGGUUCAUUUAACAUGGCUAGCAUUAACCCUGGCGUCUACAGUUUUGAUAUCCCUCGAUUUAAAAUUAUUGUCGUACCAAUUUCUUCUCAACAAGAUAAUACUUAUAUUAAUUCCUUUUCAAAUAAUAUGGGUAAUCAACUUACUCAAUUUACCCAAUUUCGACCAUGA